AUGUCGCGCUUAGGUGCGUGGCUCGUAUGGUUCACUACGCUCGUUCUCGUCGUGAGCGCAACAGCUGACUCACUGAAUGGCACCAAGGAAUCGCUCACAAGCAAGCCCAAGUCGCUGAAGAAGCACAUGUCGCGCUUUGCCCCCACUCGUUCCACGACCUCCAAGACGCCCGUGCCGAGCUCGUCAAACUCGACCGCACAGACACUGGUGUCGACGGCAUGGCCAUCCACCACCAAAUCUUUGUUACACACGUCAACAUCAGGGCCUUUUUCUCUUACACGGAAGGCAAGUCACUCAGUCUCCUUGUCAAGUACCCUGGUGCCGUCGAAACAUGCCUCGCCUAGCUCGUCCAGCGUGACCUCAUCAAGUAAAGGCCACGCAUCGUCUACGCACGGAAGAGGAUAUAUUUCUGCAUCCAAGGCAUUUUCCAAUGCUGAAGAAACAAUCUCUUCCCAUCUUUCCCCAUUUAUCUCGCCGAGUUCUCGCGAGAACUUGAGCCGAUCUCUCCAUGCGUCCCCGCUAUCAACGAGGCGCCCUUCUUCGCUUCGCCAUGUUGCGUCCCCUCAUGACUCGUUUUCAUCACUCACAGGGCAUGCCAGGUCCGAAACGACAAGUACAUCGAGAGACACCUGGCGCUCAACAUCUACGAAGCCCAAGAAUACGUCGACGCGGAGAACAAGCCUUGAAACCGACUCUAGCAAGGCAGCCUCGAUGCGAUCAAGAGCGCAAACAUCGCACAUAUGGAGCCCUCUGCCCCAUUUUUCGUUAGAUCCUGCAACUUUGUCAGUGCCGCGGUCGAUGAGUUUUCGGUCGCAGCCCCGGUGGUCACGCAGCCCCGGUGCUGGAUCACCGUUUCUGAUAUCGACUAUGGCGACAGCGUCGCAAGGAAGUCAGUCACAUCAAGCAUCUAGGCCAGGCGCUUCGUCUGAAGGCAUGGGUGGUAUGAGAGUAUCGAAACGGCCCUUGAAGACACCGCCGGGCACGAGAUAUGCUUUCUUGAACACCAAUUCUCUCUUGCUCCCUGAGACGACAAGGAUAACGAGCUUCGAAGGUGCCACGCUUACCUCGACAAAGAGUACUGUGACUUCGUCCAUUCCAAGCACCAUGCCACUGACGAUCGACCCGGAAAACAAGCAGGCGGCAAAACCCCGGAACAAUAUGCUGAUCUCGAUCUUGUUUCAACCUUCCCUUUCAUGGACAUGGCUUUCGGUGCAGCGCGGCACGAGUGCUCAAGUCUUUACUUACAUGCCAGAAAUUGUGGCACAUGCCCUAAGUAUCAAUGAGUCAGAUGUCAAAACCAUUCAGCUGCGACGCUACGAACAACAAGGCAAUAAAACUGUGCAACGGACUUUGUACUUGGCCUAUAUACCCGCAAGAUAUGGCAUCCAGCUGCAGCAUCUCAUUGCAGACAGGACAUCAAAGUUUUACCACCCGACGGGGGAUAAGGUCUCACGCGAAUUGGCUCGAGAAGUGGAUCCAGCUAGCGACUUGUUUCUGUUUGCGACCCAGCCUGAUGACGGCAUGGAUAGCUCGAUGCCUACUGUCACGCGCAAUGCUCUUCUGGGUAGCUUUGUGGGUCUAGGCGGUGCAGCGACCCUCGGCGUGCUUAUUUGGCUGUUGCAACGACACCUGAAAAAGAAAGGCAGCGGCAGCUCAUGGAAAGUAAGGCGGAGUGACUCUAUCUUGUCAUUUGGUAACGAUUCACCUGAUCCCUACUUGGAUGCGAUCCCGUCGAGACACCGCCCGACCACAGGGGGCAGCUUUUUCGCAGGCGAUGCGGCAGGGUCUAGCACUGAUGUCUUUCAGCGACAACAGGGUGUGACGGGCAUCAUUGACGUGCAUCAUCCAGACAAGCUACACCCGCUGUGUCGCACUCAUUCAUGCGACAUGGACUCCCUAAACGAGUCCGAGAGGAAGCGCAGUGUGCCAGCAUCGCCUCUGCCAGAGCAUGUGUUCUUCAAGGAGCGACGAAUUCCAAGUGUAUCUGUCUAUGCAAUGGAUGUGGACGGGCGAGCGUCACCUUCCAAGUCCAAUGGCGACACUAUUCGCGCUCGAACAAGAGAGAAAGACCUAACAAGCCAAGCACAACAUACUUGA